AUGCUGCUGCUGCUGCUGCUGCAGCAACAACAGCAGCAGCAACAGCAGCAACAACAGCAGCAGCAGCAGCAACUGCAGCAGCAACUGCCUCGCCCUCUUCUGAAUCACCUGGCGGCCGCAGAACUGCAGCAGGAGCAGCAGCUCGAGGGCGGCGGCCUUACAAAAGACAAGGAGAGGAGACCCCCGAAGCAGCAGCAGCAGCAGCAGCAACAGCAGCAGCAGCAGCAGCACUGCGCAUGCGUUUCUUAG